AACAUGUCGACGGCAACUAACCUAACUCAAGGACAUUUCAAAUUGUAAGUAUUGUCCGUGAUUCAUAAAAGCGAGAAAACUCCAUAUAUUAUCUAAUCAUCGCCAAACCUUUGACUUAUUCUUCUUCCAAUGCAUUCUCUGUUAUAUUUUCUCACCGCCCACUAGUCCAUUGUGUAUAUAUACAGAGAAGAAACGAACUCUGAGUGUCAAAAGUCAAUCAACUCUCAUAUCUUACAAUUUAAAAAUUUGUGUUUCCCGUUCAAGCACAGUACACAAGAUUCAAGAAAACAGCAUUUUUUUUAAUUUCUUUUCUCAAUGGAGGGGCUUUGUGUUAAGCUUUUUGAAGCAUCAAGGAAGUAUAAGAUGAAGAGACGCAAAGCAGCAGCAAUGGGAAUGGUAGACAGUUUUGAGGCGAGUCAUGAAGGGAUCAAAACUGUUGAUCUCCAGAAACGUUGUGAGUUCUCUGGGAGUUCUGAUCUUUGCAUCUAUUUUGUCACUUGGAAUAUGAAUGGACAGGUCCCUUGCGAGGAUAUAGCAAAGCUAGUUGGUGAAGAGAGAAGAUAUGAUCUAUUGGUGAUGGGUUUGCAAGAGGCACCUCGAAACAACAUUUGCAAGUUGUUGAAGAACACUUUGGCUGGUACUCAUAUGCUUUUAGGAAAAUCAGUAAUGCAAUCUGUACAGCUGUAUGUGUUUGGCCCCAAGAAUUCAGAGCAAUUUACAAGAGAAGUAAAGGUGGAUAAGCAUGAAGUUGGAGGAUUAGGAUGGUUAAUCAGAAGAAAGAAAGGAGCAGUGGCUAUUAAAAUUAGCUACAAAGGCAUACAAAUGGUAUUUAUUUCUUGCCACCUAUCUGCUCAUGCUCGUAAUGUGGAAGAAAGAAACUUUCAGUUCAAGCAUAUAACAUAUUCACUCUUCUCCAAGAAUAAAAAUUCUUAUGCUAAACCAGAACAACUGACUGUAUGGUUAGGAGAUCUCAAUUACAGACUCCAAGGCAUCAAUUCCUAUCCUGCUAGAGAUCUCAUCCAUGGAAAUCUCCACGAAAUGCUAACUAGCAAAGAUCAACUUUUACAAGAAGCUGAAAGAGGAGAGAUUUUUAAUGGUUAUUGCGAGGGUGCAUUAGCUUUCAAACCAACUUACAAGUAUGAUAUUGGAAGCAGCAGUUAUGAUACCAGUCACAAGGUUAGAGUACCAUCGUGGACAGACAGAAUAUUAUUCAAGAUUGACGGUAACAAGAUCAAUGCAAGUUUACAUUCAUAUGAAGCCAUUGAAAGCAUACGCAGCUCUGAUCAUAAGCCAGUCAAAGCUCAUCUCUGCUUAAAAUUAAACAAAUCUUCAUCCUCUGAAAACAAUGGAGCCAUAAAUCUUAUUUCAGAAUUAUCACAAUGAUUGAUGUUUUAUUAAGUACAAUGGUUAAUUAACCAUGUCCAAAUAUUCUUUUAUUGUUGUCCAGUAUUCGUCGGUUACGCAUUCUUUUUUGUUGCUUCCUCGCACGAGGUCAAUUGUAAUUUAAACCUUUAAUUUGUUACUGAUUAAUUGUACAUUGUAAGGAUCUUUUUACACCACGAGAUGAACUUUUA